AUGUCUUCAGAUGAGAAACCCCAGAACCUGGACACUAGCUCCCCGACUAGAGAAGAGCCGGAACAACAGGAGCCACAACAGCAAGAGCCGGAACAGCAGGAGCCCGAGCGUCAAGAGCCGCAGCGUCAACAGUCCGAGCGUCAGGAGCCAGAGCCUCAACAGCAACAACAGCAACAGGAAGACAACGAGGAUGAGGAUGCCGGCAACGACUCCGACAACGCAUCGGAGCAGGAGCAGGAGCAACAGCAAAACGGCCAGCAAAACGGCAAAGUAGGCGAGCUCAGCGAAGACAACUCCGACGGCCAAGAGGACAACGAGCCCAAGACCCCCCCUCAGCAAGAACAACAACAACAACGCCGCCGCCGAACAAGCGGCAGCCGCGAAAAGGCCCAGACCGAGACAAAGACCCAGUCUCGCCGGAGGAGAAGGGCCCCCUUCCAGCGCCAGGUAGAAGACGACUACGACGAGAGAGACCAGGGGAUGGUGCCGCACCAGCAGCGCGACCAGCAGCAGCAACAGAUGUAUCAGCCGCAGCAGCAGCAGCAGAUGUAUCAACAGCAACAGAUGCAGCAGCAGCAGAUGCAACAGCAACAAAUGCAGCCGCAGAAGAAGGAUGACGGGAAGAACCCACUCAAGCUGCGGCUCGACUUAAAUCUAGAUAUCCAGAUUGAGUUGAAGGCGAAGAUCCACGGAGACUUGACACUGGCUUUACUGUAA